AUGCUGUUUUCUCGCAACGUUCUUGCAGUCUCGCUGCUUUUGACAGGCUCUGCUGUUGCUGACGAUGCGCGAUCGAGAGCUCAAGAUGCGCUGAAGACCCUCCAGACCUGGUAUAACCCCCAAAGCGGUAUCUGGGAUACCUGCGGCUGGUGGGAUGGGGCUAGCUGUAUGACUACUGUCGCAGAUUUGGCUGCUCUAGAUCCCUCUGUGAUGGAUACAGCGACUUAUGUCUUCAACAACACAUUCAACGUGGGACCGGUGUCGAAUCCAGCGCCCGGUCCGGAGAAGAAGACCGUCUUCACUCGCGAUAGCCAGGGUUCUGACGGUGUCAAUGUCACGCAGUGGCUCGAUCAAGCAUACGAUGAUGAUGGAUGGUGGGCUCUGGCAUGGAUUGCUGCCUAUGAUGUCACGAAGGAGCAGACCUAUUUGGAGCUAGCCGAGGGAAUUUUCGAGAGCUUGGCCGCAGCCUGGGGCACCAACUGUGGUGGUGGUGGUAUCCCAUGGAACCCCACAAGCACCUACGUCAACUCAAUUACGAACGAGGUAUUCCUCUCCGUCGCAGCACACCUAGCCAACCGAGUCCCAGACCAAAAAGAAUAUUACGUGCGCUGGGCGCAAAAGGAAUGGGACUGGUUCAGGGCCCAGGGUUUCAUCGGCGAGAACGGUACCAUCAACGAUGGUCUAUUGGAGAACUGCCAAAACAACGGAGCUACAGUAUGGUCCUACAACCAAGGGGUUGUUCUCGGCGGCUUAGUUGAGCUGAACAGAGCUGCACCAAACAAUACGCUCCUGCCAGCUGCCAACAGAAUUGCCAAAGCAGCCAUCAAAACCCUGGCGGACUCAAACAUGGUCAUCCACGAAUUCUGCGAGCCACAGUGUCUCCCCGAUGGAACCCAAUUCAAGGGGAUAUUCAUUCGCAACUUGCAAAUGUUGCACAAAGCGUCUCCGGAUGAGACUUACAAAAAGGUUAUCCUAAACAGCGCGAAUAGCAUCUGGCAGAAUGAUCGCGACGAAAAGGGUGGACUCGGUGUCAACUGGGCUGGUCCCAUCCAAGCGACAGUGGACGCAUCAACACAUAGCUCGGCACUCGAUGCUCUGGUUGCCGCCAUCUCUCUUAAUCUUGUUUAG